UGUUUGCAUAAAGCAGUUGUUUCUGGGUUUAGCCUCACAAAGCAUGCACUUUUAGAGCUUUGAUGUAUUCCAAAAUGCAGCGAUGUCGCUGGCGACCGGGAUGCCCUAAACUGUCCAAGAACCUAAGACAGUUUCACACGCUCUGAGAUCAGGACGGCCUCCGCGCACUUCCGGUCUGUUUCCGGAGCCGCCAUCUUGCUUCCGGUUUCCGCGGGGGGUUGGAUCGCAAACACAGUCCUGCGCCAGGCUGUUAUGACAUCUAGAGGUAGUCAGACGCCUGCCUUCUGAUCUAUUGUGGCAGUUCUCCAGUGUAAAAGACUGGUUCCACACGGGAGGCUUUUUUGCUGUUUUCUAGCUUUUUCCUUCAGCAAGUAUGUAGCAAUCUUUGCACGUCGGAAUCCACAAUCAAGGCACAGCAAAUGCCGGUUCACCUCUGUUCGCCUUCUCUUCCAGCUGCGAUUGCAAGGUGCUCCGUGUGCCUUAGAGAGCGAGGAAAAUGAGCACGGUUGUGGGGUUGGUGUCAUUUGAGGAUGUCUCUGUGGACUUCACCUGGGAGGAGUGGCAGGACCUGGAUGAUGCUCAGAGGAAGCUCUACAGGGACGUGAUGCUGGAGACCUACAGCAGCCUGCUGUCCUUGAAUCAGUGUGAUGCCAAACCUGAGUUGAUCCUGAAGUUGGAGCAGGGAGCUGGGCCAUGGAAGGAAGAAGAUGCCCCAAACCAAAGGCUCCCAGCUAUGGAGAAUGUGAAGAGCCUGAACAAGACCAGUUGGGACAAUCAAAAGAGACAUUUAAACCACCUGGUAAUCACUGACAACUCUUCAGCUGAGAAGAGGAUCAAAUUUGGGAAAAGAUUUAAUAUGAGUUCCAACCAUGUUUUACACCUGGCUAUUAAGAAUAGGAACUCUUCUAAAAUGAGAUCUGAGAUGCUUGAUAUAUGGGAAAAUGUGUAUCUCCCCGGUGAACCCAGUGACAUGCAGCCUAUACAGGAACUUGAUCACCUUACUGCAGCCAAGAUGUCAUGCAGACCUCCUGAGCCUCUUCGUCUGGAUCACAGUGUUGAAAGUGGGCAACGGCACUUUCUGUAUAGUCAACACGAUGGAGCCUUCAAUGGGAACACUGUGUGGACACCUAAGGUAUUUCCUUUGGGAGAUAAUCCAAGUAAGUUAAAGGAAUACGGGAAAGCCUUUGGUAAGUUAGGUCCUAGUGCCCAAGAGGGGCCUCACAUAAGGGAAGACACUUUUGAUUGUAACUUGUGUAAGAAAUCAUUCUCUGACAAGUGUAACCAUACUCAGCAUUUUAAAACAUGCAUAAAAAACAAAUAUGAUAAAUGUACUGAUUGUGAACCCACAUUCAAUACAAAACCAGGCCUUAUAAACCUUCAGAGCACUCUGAAUUCAUGGGAAAAGCCCUGUGGAUGUAAGGACGAUGAGAAAUGCGUGUGUCAGGUGCCAAAACAGAGGGUUAAUCAGAGUGUCUUCUCAAGUAAGGAGAGUAAUUGUGUGAAAAAAUUAUGCCCAAAGUUAAAUUUCAGUGUGCACCAGAGACCUCACACAGGUAAAAAACCCCAUGAAUGCAAUACAUCUGCAAAAAUAAGCAACCAACCUCGUAGGCGUCACAGAUGUGGGAGAACCUAUCAAUGUAAAGUAUGUGGGAAAGCCUUUAGGCACACACAAAAUCUCUACUUACACUACAGAACUCACACUGGUGAGAAGCCAUAUGAGUGUAAAGAAUGUAAGAAACUAUUCAGUGUAAAGUCAAAUCUCAGUGUACAUCAGAAAACUCACACAGGCGAAAAACCCUAUGAGUGUAACAUAUGUGGGAAUGCCUUUAAAAGGAGGUGUGACCUAACUAUACAUCAGAGAGUUCACACAGGUGAGAAGCCCUACGAAUGUAAAGAGUGCAGGAAAACUUUCAGUAUCAAGUCAGGGCUCAUCGUGCAUCAGAGAAUUCACACAGGCGAGAAACCAUAUGAGUGUAAUGUAUGCGGAAAACGUUUUAACCAGAAGUCAAAUCUCUCUACACAUGAGAAGAUUCACACAGGUGAGAAACCCUUUGAAUGUAAAGAAUGUAGGAAAUCAUUUAGUGUCAAGUCAUAUCUCACUAUACAUCAAAAAACUCACUUGAGUGAGAAACCUCAUGCAUGAAAUCUGGGGAAGCCUUCUAACAGAAGACAAACCUCUACAGACAUCAUAGAGCUUGCACAGGUGAGAAACCCUAGGUUCAUAAAGAAUGUAGGAAAAGUCGUUUGUCAUCGCUCCCUGAACCUCGGAGAGUUCAGAGGUGAAGAUCCCUGUGGAUGUAAAGGCUGGAGCAAUUGUCAGUCUUAUGUCACAUCUCGUAAUUAGUGAACCCCAAACACUGGUAGGUACCAGUGUGGGAUAUGUCCAAAGACUUCUGCCAGAUGCCAGACUUGAGUUGUUAGAAAACUCUUACAGGUGAGAAACCCUCUGAAUGUAAGGUCUGGAAAUAAUCAGUCCUCAGUAAGACUGGAGAAUUCACACUGAUGAGAAGCCCUGUGAGUGUAGUUAUGUGGAAAGCCGUUAGUCAGAAGUCCAUCUCUGUGAAUUUGAGUUCACACAGCUGAGAAGGCUUGUGAAUAUAAGGAAUGUAGGAAAGCAUUUCAGACGUUUGUCACCUCUCCAUGUGUCUCACAGAAUUGAGAGUUGAGAGAUACUUAUCAGUGCAAUCUAUAGAACGGUCACUUGCCACAUGUCAGAGCUGUCUACACAUUAGAGAAAUCUCACAGUUGAGAGAUACUUAUCAGUGCAAUCUAUAAAAUGGUCACCUACCACAUGUCAGAGCUGUCUACACAUUAGAGAAAUCUCACAGUUGAGGUACUUAUCAGUGCAAUCUAUAAAACAGUCACCUGCCACAUGUCAGAGCUGUCUACACAUUAGAGAAGCCUCACAGUUGAGAGGCCUUCUGAUGUAAGGACUAGGAAACAUUUCCAAAACUGUACAUCAGAGUGCUCAGAAAUGCAAAGGGGAGGAGCUCUCAGCAGCAGACACAACUCACUGCACGUCAGACAUACACAGCCAAGUAACUGUUUGGUGCAGUGUGUGGAGAAACCUGUUCCCAGAUAUCAGAUCUCAGCAGUCAUUAGGUGAGGAGCCCUCUGAAUGUGAGGAAUCCUUCGCUGCAUACCAAAGAAGACACAUAGGAUAAGCCAUAUCAAUUCAAGAUGUGCAAAACCUUGGUUCUGUAAGAUGGACACCUACCUCCACUGGAGAACCACAUGAACACAAAACCCUGCGAAUAUAAAAACUGAAAAAAACCUGUGAAUGUAAAGAAUGUAGAAAAUAUCUCAUAUUCUUGGGCUGUGUGCAAGAGCUCACACAACUAAACAUGCUCCCACCUAGGUAAGUAUAACAGACAUGUGUGCGCAUCAGAAAACCUCUCACUGCUGAGAAACCACAAGAGUGGUUAUGUGGACAAGACUUUUACCAAAUGGAAACACUCUGGCUAGCUCAUGGGCUGGAAGUACAUUAAUGCAAUGGAUGUGGACAGCACUUUUAUAGGAAGUUGACCUCCACAUUGGAGAAUUCAUUAGAGAUGGAAUGCUGUUAACGUGGGAAAGCAUAUCUAGAAUGGUUAUGGAUAUGGAAAAUGUCAUUGUGAGAAGUCCUGUUAGCAGAGGUCUCGUGUGCUAAGAUUUACCUUUUUGCUCGAAGACUGGCAGCCUGUAUGUGUAGUGUUAUGGAGAGAACAUGGCCAGAGCUCUAUAGGAAUUUUAACAUUUGUGAUGAUUCUUUUCUUUCCUGCCUCAACCCCCCAAUUCCUGCAGUACAUUAUCCCUGGAUUUGUACUCACGGUCUGAAAGCAGAUAAGAUUAUCUGUGGAGAGAAGUGGUGUAGGGAAGGACACUGAUUUACAGACAUGCUUCAUUGGAGAGAGCAGAGGUUUUAUAUGUGUUUAUAAAUCUCUUGUUUGUAUGAGUGAUAGAACCUUUUUGCAACAUAAUGCAAAAUCAUUGUAACCCAUUUUAAAAGUAUUUUAGACAGGGGACCUUUCAUACUAGAAUAUUCACCCAGGAGAGGGCCCUUCUUGUUACCUUUGUAUUUUCACACCAUUUUAUGGAGAAAAAGAAACAUGAAAUUUCAGUAAAUUCUAAAUGCCUUACCUGGCACCAGCAUUUCAUUAAGGAGAUACAAAAGUAUGUUUCAUGUGUGAAACAUAUGUAUAUCCAUACACAUUUUUAUGCAUCGGAAAUCAUUCAUAAAAUGAAAUUGUCCGUUUCUAAGAAGUGUUAAUUAUAGUAUUAAAAUUCUUUUUUGAGCUGGGUGUGGUGGCAUGUGUCUUAAAUCCCAGAAUCCAGAAGGUAGCAGUCAGAUAUCUGUAAGUUUGAGGUCGGCCUGAUCUACAUGGAGUUCCAGGCCAGCAGGGCUACAUAAUGAGACCUUGUCUCAAAAAAAAAAAAAAAAAAAAAAAGAUUGUUGAAUAUGCCAGAUGGUAACUAUUUUUAAUGGUGCCUGAUGCAGUGGUUUGGUCUACAUUUGAGGACAUCUGUGUUUGUCACACCACAGUUUGAGAGAUGCAGUUGACACUAGUGGAUACCAGGAAUGCCACUGAACUGAAGGACUGUUGUCCUUUCCUGAGGAGGUACGGACAGAUAAGUGCUCGGCCCGGAUAGGGCACUGACAACAGACUGAAUACACAGUUCUGUCCAACUGCAGUCCCAUCAGUGAGUUUGUGGAGGUUUCAGGAGUAUGGGUGAGAGGUGGCCUAACAAGCACAGGAGUGAUCAGGAGCGAUUCCGCAGCUGCAUCACUGAAAAGACCCCAGCCUGGGGAGGACUCCUGAAAGCUGAAACAAAGUGGGUCGCAUAGGGUUAGGCAGUCUCCCUCCCUCCCUCCCAGCAGCCCUUCCCGCUUUUACACAUGGGAAUGGGCCUCGUGAAUUUAUACAUUUUUCUGGGCUUCAUGAGACUUAGGGGUUUAUUUCCUAGUCUUAAGGAGCCUUCCUCCAGGAUGGGAAUGUUUUAAUUCAGAAGGUACUGAUACACAUCAGGCACAACAUACCCUGAUGUAUGUAAGGUUUGUGCAUAUGAUUUUAUCACAUUAACAGAUGUUCUCUGUAUGCAGGGACAUGCAGGAAAUAAACUUAUUGUAAUGGUUAUUGUGAUUUCAUUAAGGUUUUCUACAUUAAAUACUAUCCUAACCUGUUUACAUCUGGUAAGUCUCUAGUUUGUAUUUUCUUAAUCUUUUAACAUAUAAGUGUAUAUGGUGAUUGUCACCAACUAUCUGCUAAGUAUGGAUGUUUGUGUUUUUCUCAGAUGGUGAUGUCUUAAAGUAAGCCAGUGUUUCUAAGAGAAUAAAUAUCAGGGUAGAAAAACAUGAAUAAAGAUAUUUUUCACAGCUA